CGCGAACCAUGUCCAAGCCCAUGUUACUUUCCACCACGACCAUGACUCUCUUGACUUCAGCCCGAAUCUUUGCUUGACCAAGAUCUCUGGAUACGCUACUCUUCCUCGUUUGUAAGCAACAAUGUUCUCACGACCGACAACGCCCGCAUGUCAUGUAAUGGACCCCGAACUCCUCGCUCUCGAUGAGUCUAUGUCUUUCGCAGAGCUGGUACGGAAAUUGAGUUUUCUUUUCGUGGAAACUAUUGGAGAACCGCAAACGUUCGACGAGCUUCGCACUUCCAAUGCAGCCAAAAAACUUACUCCUCUGAUCACAUACCUUAUCGAUCAUACACAUGGCGAGUCGAUCGUUGCGGCGCUACUCGCACUCAAAGGUCAUUUUGAAUCGCUUGAAUUCGAAGAUGAAGAUGGGGUCAAUGAAUCACGAGGCUACGCUUGUGAAUUUGUAGCCUGGAAAUUCGUGACUGGCUUGUCGGAGCAUGACGCUAUUGACCACCUAUGUUACGAAGUGUCACCGGAGAGCAGCACUUCGGACUUCUACGAAGCGAGUCCAUCUGCCCAGCGAGGACUAAGACUCGGACUAGAGAAUCAGCCCUUGCUGUCCCGGACCAGCUCCCAUAGCCGUUCCCAAUAUGGGACCAACAAUGUUCUUGGUGAAUCAUCGUCAUUCAAAGACGAAGAUUUUCUGUCUCAAUUCUAUACACUCAAUGCCCUCGAGGUCGCCGCUCUAGUUGGUGCGAAGAAAUUUCUUAAGCAGCGUGCAGUGCAGAAAAUUAUCACCGGUAUCUGGAAGGGCGAUAUUGUCUUCUGGGAAAAAUUAAGCCUGCAUGCCACGAAAAAGGCUAAGACGUACAACAAACGGACCGCUGAUCUCUUCUGUCGUCUCAGAGUACCUCGAUACCUGAAAGCUUUUGAGGUUUUGUUCUUCGCGUCGUUUCUUGCCUUGUACUACACAGUCCUGGCACAGAAAGCCGUCGAUCAUGUCACUGUUGCUGAGAUAUUCUUAUAUAUCUGGAUCGCGGGAUUCGCAUACGACGAGUUCGGGGAAUUGCAGGACGCAGGGUUCUCGUUUUAUUUACAGGACAUCUGGGCUGCUAUCGACGUCUUGAUCGUCGUUGAUGGCUUCAUAUUUCUGGUUCUGCGAAUUGUUGGACUUCGGAUGAACUCACCCGAAAUUAUCGACACUGCCUUUGAUGUUCUUGCUCUGGAGGCACUGUUUCUAUUUCCAAGGAUAUGCUCACUUCUCAGCUUACAUCCGUAUUUUGGUACACUGAUACCGUGUCUGAAGGAGAUGACCAAAGACUUCGUCAAGUUUCUCAGUGUCGUCAUUAUACUCUACCUAGGUUUCCUCACCGCAUUUACGAUGCUAGCUAGAGGAGUGUUCACUACGAAGGAGAUGUCAUGGAUCUUGAUCAAAGUGUUCUUUGGAUCCAGCUACCUUGGAUUUGACGUGGCACCGCAAAUCUCGAAGCAGCUAGGGCCUGCCAUCAUGCUCAUAUUUGUGAUAUUGACCAACAUACUACUGAUCACGUCGUUGAUUUCGCUGUUGUCUAACAGCCUUACGAAGAUCAUGACCCACGCUAGGGAGGAAUUUCUGUUUGGAUACUCGGUCUACGUCCUCGAGGCAUCUACGUCGAACCGACUGACGUACUAUCUGCCACCCGUGAACCUCAUUCCACUCAUCUUCCGACCACUUCGACUGCUUGCAUCGGCAGAGCAGUCACGGAGUGCGCGCAUCGUGUUGUUGCGCCUGACGCAUUUUCCACAUGUCGCAGCAAUUUGGGUUUUUGAGAACGGCUACGACUACCUGCAAAGUCGUUCGGCUGGAAGUUCGUCUUGGAGAUCUCUGGGAGCACCAACGGCAAGUCCAAACCUGAAACGUGGCGUGCUCAGACCUUCGCCUAUUUCUCCACGGCCGUUGGCGACAUCCUCGAGCCUCUACGCCUCGAUAGACGGGAGUCUGCCCGGCCCCUUCCCAGCGGCCACAGGCCAGAGAGCCCCGGCGCCAGCGAAAGAAGAAGACGACGAUACGAGAUUAUUGGUUCUUGAGCUUGGAAAACAGGUGGAGCAGCUCACUGCCAUGGUUGCACAAGUUCAAAGUGACCUGCAAGUCAAGCGAACAGACGUGGGGCAGCCCAAGCAGCAAAGGAGCGCCUCAAGCGGACCAGCAGACGAGCCGUAGCGGAGCGGCCGCCGGGAGGAUUCAGUCUGCUUCAUCUAACAUUGCUCAUCAUUGUCAAGGGCUAGAUUCGAUCGACUGACCAGAAACGGGACAUUUAUGGCGGCCAAUCGCUGCGAUAUAUCUCGACCGGGUCAUGUAUUGACAAAGGGGGGAGACACGGCAGAGGAGGCGAUGUGAUUUGGUACCAAAGGGACGAAGCAGGGCUGAAGCUGGUGUGACAAGGAGCGGCAGAGAUUAAUUUGGUGGAUGUGAAAUGCAAGCAAAUUAAGCCGAUUCACACGACGAGAAUGCACGCGCGGGUAUUUUGAGAGUGAUUGGGGCGGACCCAAACGCUGUCGACACGCAGGC